UCUUUUUUGCCUCUACCUUCUUCUUCCUUUUCACAUCUUCUCCUUGAUCCUAAUUUUAGAGAGAGAGAGUGAGAGUGAAGGCUGCCGCCUAUCGCCAUCCCGGCCCCGCCCUCGCUGCCGCGACCCAUCGCCACCGCCCUGCCCUCUCUGCCGCCACCGGUCGCUGCCUUCCCGCCCCUUCCUUCCGCCACUCAUCGCUGCCGCCCCGCCCCUUGCUCAGGUCUUCCUCUAUAUGUAUCAGAGUCCUUGGCUGUUACUGCAUGCGAGUGUCGGGCAGGAGAGAGAAAGAGAGACGGAUAUUGUGAUCAAGUAUCGCUGUGAGAAGGGGAUAAAAAAAUGGCUUUGCAAGAACAAUUGAAUAGGUUCAAGAAGCAGCAAGAGAAGUGUCAAACAACAUUAACAAGCAUUGCUGCCAAAUCAGGAGUAGGAACGCAUAAAGCAACUGUAACUCCAAAAGUCGUACCUGCAGCACCAAUAGUUCCAAGGCCUCCUGCUGUCAAAUUUUCGAAUGAUACAGAAAGGCUUCAACAUAUCAAUAGUAUACGAAAAGGUCCUGUUGGUGCUCAGAUCAAGCGUGUUAUUGACCUGCUUUUUGAGACAAGGCAAGGUUAUACACCAGAGCAAAUAAAUGAGGCAUGCUAUGUUGACGCCAACUCCAACAAAGCCGUCUUUGACAGUUUGAGGAACAACCCGAAAGUGCAUUAUGAUGGGAAGCGCUUCUCUUACAAGUCCAAGCACGAUUUGAAGGACAAGAAGCAGCUACUUCACAAAAUAAGGGAAUUCAAGGAGGGCAUUGCCGUCAUUGAUCUUAAGGAUGCGUACCCAACUGUGAUAGAGGAUAUACAGGCACUGAAAGCUAGUGGCGAUAUUUGGUUGCUGUCAAAUUUCGAUUCACAAGAGGAUAUCGCAUAUCCAAAUGAUCCGAGGGCUGUAAUUAAAGUGGACGAUGACAUUAAGGUGAAAUUCCGACAAAUAGAACUGCCACGUGAUAUGCUGGACAUUGAGAAGGAUCUUCAGAAGAACGGGAUGAAGCCUGCAACAAACACAACAAAGAGGAGAGCAGCAGCGCAGGUACAGGGCAUUACCGCGAAGCCAAAAACAAAGAAGAAGACGAAAGAAAUCAGCAAGAAGACUAAGCUUACAAAUGCACAUCUUCCAGAGCUAUUCCAACACCUUCAUUAAUAGAGCUUACGAUUUAAAUUUGGAUGAGAUGGUUAUUUAAGAGGUUGCAGAAGGAUACAGCGAGUGCCGUUCAUGUAUUUUUGGGGCCAAUAAUCCUUUGGGUAUUUCUCAUUAUAAUGCAAGAAAAAUUAUGCCUCGUUGCUAGAGCAACUCCAUUUGCAUAUAUAAAUUGUUUUGUUUAAUGUAACAAUAUUUGUCAAAAUAUGUUAUCUUUUGAUUGGAACCAUUAUUUUCCCCUUAAA